UCAUUAUAAUUUCAUAGUAGAAACUUGAAACACUCUAUUUCUUUUAUACUCGUCUCUUUUCUCAGCUCCUACCUUAGUCAUGAGGACUAUGAUUCCUUCUUCCAUUCAUUUUAAUGUUGCAUUCACACUCUCGUGUCUGCUUUUCUCCCUUCUCUCUGGGAUGAGCUCUGCUCAACUGUCUGCAACAUUUUACUCAAAAUCUUGUCCUAAUGCCCUUUCCAUAAUUAAAUCGGCAGUGAAAUCGGCUGUGCAAUCUGAGGCUCGAAUGGGAGCGUCCUUGCUUCGUCUCCAUUUUCACGAUUGUUUUGUCAAUGGUUGUGAUGCAUCAAUUUUGUUGGAUGACACAACAAAUUUUACUGGGGAACAAACAGCUCGUCCAAAUAACAAAUCAAUAAGAGGAUUGAACGUGAUUGAUAACAUUAAAGCACAACUUGAGAAAUCUUGUCCUGGCAUUGUAUCUUGUGCUGACGUGGUAGCUGUUGCUGCUCGAGACUCUGUUGUUGCGCUUGGUGGUCCUAGUUGGAAUGUUUUACUAGGGAGACGAGACUCAACCACGGCAAGUUUGAGUGCCGCUAACAACAACAUUCCUGGACCCAAUUUCACUCUCAGUCAGCUCAAAUCUUCUUUCUCAAACCAAGGCUUUAGUGAAAGGGAAAUGGUUGCUCUCUCAGGUGGCCACACAAUUGGAAAAGCUAGGUGCACAACAUUUCGAUCUCGAAUCUACAACGACAACAAUAUAAAUGCCGCAUUUGCAAAAUCUUUACAGGCAAAUUGUCCUCAAAGCGGAGGUGACAAUAAUGUUGCUUCACUUGACACUAGUCCAACCUCGUUCGACAAUGUUUAUUUCAAGGACUUGCAAAAUCAAAAAGGACUCUUACACUCCGAUCAAGAGUUGUUUAAUGGAGGUUCUACAGAUUCGGUAGUCAACAGUUAUAGCUCUAAUCCUUCCACUUUUUCAGCAGACUUUGCAAAUGCUAUGUUGAAGAUGAGUAAUCUCAACCCUCUUACAGGCACAAGUGGUCAAAUUAGAAAGAAUUGUGGAAAAACAAAUUAAGCUCCAUUCCAAAAGCGUGUUUAAGAAUAUUUUUUGUUUCAACCAUUAGUGUUACCAAAUAAAGUAGGGAUAAUUGAGGGAUGGGGGUGGCAGGGAGUGAAGCCAAAUUUUGGAUUGUUUACAUUUUUAUUUUCAUUUUUCCAUUGGAAGUGUGAAUUGUAUGAACAUUUGUUUUGCUUAAUUAUAUCCUAAUACACAGUAAUUUUUUUUUGUGCAA